AUGUUGAACAAGGCAUCCGCCUUUUGGAUGGAUCUCGGCCGUACGGAUCAGACGAGCACGUUCGAUUGGAAGCGAAGGACCUAUGUGACCGGCGAGAAGUUGAUGGAUCGCAUCGAGUAUCAGGAAUGGGCACUCAAGGGCAUCGAUCCUGCCAUGGGACCGCAUCUCAUCCGUCGCGAACCGAAGGUCCCCGAUGGUGAAGCAAGUACGCCAGGAGGUAUUCCGAAGCUCGACCACGUGCCAUUGCUGUAUCCGCCUUCACUGCUCGAGCCGCAACGACUGUUGAAGAGUUUGAAGAAUUUGACCGACCACCGGACGCCGCAUCACUACCGUCGCUUCUGGUAUUGCGUGGUUGGUAUGCCCAUCACCAUUCCUUUUGCGCUUGUUCCGGUAGUGCCAAAUUUGCCCUUCUUCUACCUCGUAUAUCGAGCAUGGAGCCACUGGAAAGCAUACAAAUCAUCGCAGUACCUUUCAACACUAAUAAGUCAAGACCGCGUCCGUCCAACCGAAAGCAAGGAGCUCGAUGACAUCUUUGCACAAACCUCACCGCCCGCCGAAGCUCCAGCCUCAGUCACCACCGAUGGAAAGGGCGCAAGUGCAACGACGUCAGCACCGACGCCGGUCGAAGACGAACGCAUGCUUCUGCUGACACAUCACAUCCCCAUGUUGAUGGACAAGAUGGAGUUCCCCGAGUGGGUCAAGGCUGAUCUGCGUCGCGCACGCCUACAAGUGGAGAAGAGCGUGGCAGAGAACAAGCUAGAGGAGCUCGAGAGCAGCGCUGAGAAUGAGCACCCGGAGAACAAGAAAUAG